AUGUCGGAAAGCACAGACCGUGUUAUACUAGCGAAAUUACUGUUGAAACCAAUUCAGACCGUAUAUUAUUUUUCAAAAGUAUACGGCGGAACAGUAAAUUAUUCGCAAAUUCAAUGCUUGUUUGUACCGAAAAUAACAAUUCCGUUGGCUAACUACAUUGCCUUGACUUCUUGUGGAGGACUGAAAGCAAUGCUUAAAUCCAAACAGCUCAGGCAUAUUUUUCAGUCGUCAAAACAAUUACUGACUCUCGUUGCUAAUAAUGGGAACGAAAUCUCCAGUCCUACUUUAUACCCAAAGUUAAUCUCUUAUGUCAACGAACAAGAAAGAAAGGGGAAGCCAGAAUUUUGGAAGGAUAUUAAACGGAAAGUAUCAGUUUUGUACGAAAGGGAAACGAAUAAAGGGAAUAUUAUACCUGAGGAUGCCUUGUCAAUGAAUAAAAACACGAAAUCUGUGAUCUCCAUGCCUCGUAAACAUGAAGGCAACAUUAAGCAUACAUCUGUUCAGAAAAAAGAAGUAGAGAAAGACAUUGAGCACUUUACUUCCUUACUUUUACUUCCUGUAGAGGCUUUUUUGUGGCAUUUGAAGGAAUCCAAAGACGGGAUAAAGCGACGAGAUCUUAAGAAAAUUUUAGACAAGCAAAAAACCUGUCCUAUUAAGCUUGAAGAAAGAGAUUUUUUGAUCUUAUCCCAGUUGGGAGGCAUUGAUAGAAUUGCUACUUCUGACCAUCUAAAUCCUCUUAUAUUAUUCGACACCAACUCGGGAACCAUAAAAUUAAAACAGCCUUUGGGGAAGAAUACUCCGAGAAUCCUUCGAAAAUGUUUACAUGAAUCUAUCAUGGAACGUCGUGCAUCUUUGAAGCCCGAUGCCUGGAGGAGUAUAUGUAAUAACCUGAAGAAAACUACUGUCAAAGAUAGCUCUUUUCCUAUAUUAUGUGGCCAGAUUGAAGUUGCAAAAUUAAACAUUCCUGAUACUGUAGCAACAAAUCCUAGUUCCAUCUUGGAGUUAGACUCUACGUCUAGCCUCUUUGAUAACUCUGGUCUUCUACCGCUCUGCUCUUUAGCAAAUCAAUCAAAUUCUUAUUUUCGCCAGUCUACCAGUGUUUUACUUACGGACUUGCUGUUGGAACCUCUUCGAGCUCUGUUUGUCUAUUUCUCCUUUUUAACAUCCUCCAUGUCCACUGGAGAGAUUGAACGCUUUUUCAAAAUCAUAUUAGAAUCGCAUUUCUUAAGAAAAUCUACUGGAACGGCAUUACACUUGGUGGGUGGUAUUGCAGGCAUCUCAUCGUCGACAUCUUUAAGGCAUCUUUUCGAUAACGUAGAGAACGAUGGUUUAAAGGUAGGACACCCAUUGAAAGCGGUAUUCCGUGAAAAUUUGCAUUCGGAAUUAUUCAAAUCGGUUGAAGAGAUCGUUUCCAAGAUCCCUACUGGGAAUUUAUCGGGAAUAAAGAAACGACUAUUCACGGACCUUAUGGAUGAGUUAGCUUUUACCAAAUUGGAUAUUUUACGGGAUCACAUCAGGAAUUCAGAUGCAAAAUGGAAAAGCGUGUAUAUGCUGCUUCCAAUAUUCAUGACUUUAAGUCAAGAAUUUGCCAAAAACCCUUGUCUUUCAACGGAAAAUAUGAAAUCAAUAUUUUUUAAGGAAGUUUCGGAAGAUUCCUCCAAAUUUUCGACGGCAGUCUUACAGCUGGUUGAAAGAAUGGGUGGCAUCGCUAACUUUUUAUCUUCUCAUGAAUUUAUUCCUAUAUAUAAGGCUCAUGAAGCCCAAUCGGAGGAAAUAAAUAAAAGUAAAGAGAGACUACUUAUUACUGUGUUUGCUUCAGUAUGCCAGUUCUUAAAUAAUACGCUGCUACAAAAGCCAGGACUCAUAGGCGAUUUCGGCAAUAUCCCAAACAAAUAUUUCAAAAAUGAAAAAAGCGUUCGUCAUGAGAAAUUGGAUCCACACUCUGUAUCUGAAGCUCACGCUGCUAAAAAAGCAUAUACAGUGAACAAUACAAAGAAAUUAGCGGUAUCCAAAGUCGAACAAGACAAGAUUCCGGAUAAAACUAAAGAAAUGUCCUUAAAACUCUCUAAUUUACUCAGUGCGGAGAAUAAAGAACGACAAAUACUUAUAGAGCCUUCGAAACAGGCCAUGCAUUUUCCUGUACAAUUUGAAGAAACUAAAGUAUAUUCUGUCCAUCAUCUUAAUCUACUUAUUCUGAGAAAAUCAGUUAAAGGUAUCGGCUCUCCAAAGGAAAUAAUUUCAUUCUUGAAUAAUUAUUUCCUGGUCAAGAUGGAAAAGUCUUUUGUCAACCAGUACUUGGAGAAUUUAGAAAAGCUGCACCUGAUUACCGAUAUUUAUCCUCGUAAGCUUACACCAAUUGGAGAAGAAUUUUUAAGCCACCCAAAUGAAUGGGAUCCCUCUAAAAUGUCGGAAAAUAAGUACGUGGCUAUUUCCCACGAGCUUCAGAAGAAAAGAGAGAAAGAUAUUUACGAUGCAUAUUUAGAGAAGGAGAUUGGUAAAAAACGGAGAAAAUUGGUGUCCGAAUUUUUAAAGAGUAUACAACAUUUACUAAGCAGCAAACUGGCUAUUCCUGUGCAAGUUCAUACCUUAGGAUCAUUUAAAACUGGUUUAAUGACAAAGCACUCAGAUGUCGACUUGGUUGUUACGUCGAAAAAGCCCCUGAUGAAGAAUUUUAAUUCAAUUUUAAAACUGCUUUACAAAAGGUACAAGGAAAUAAUUCCGAUACGACAUGCUAAGGCUCCUGUAAUUAAGUUUUCUACACCAGAAGGACUCCGUUGUGAUUUAACUUUCGAUUCUAUGCUCGCCGUACAAAACUCUUGCUUAAUUAAGGCAUACUUAGGUAUAGACGAAAGAGUGAAGGUGUUUGUUUCAACUAUUAAAAGCUGGGCGUCACUUCGCAUGAUUGACAAAUCUCAGUUUAGUUUUCCUUCUAGUUAUACUUGGUGUAUUAUGGCUCUCUUCUAUCUUCAACAGCUUUCGCCGCCACUGUUGCCAAAUCUCCAAGCCAAAAAUUCUGAAAAUUCUCACAAAUCGUUUGAUUCUAAUGGUGAACCGGUGAAUUGUUGGUUUGAAGCAAAAACAGAAGUAUAUAAAGAAAAGGCGAAGUUAAACAAAAGUAGUGUCAAUGAUUUGCUGCUUGGUUUUUUUUAUUAUUACAGCUCUUCAAAAAGUGGCUCCUUUAAUUGGAAUCAAGAUGCAAUUGAUAUAUCUUAUGACCGCCCUAUUGCGAAAAGACUUGUCAAAAACGCCAGUCAUGCUCCAAUGAUGGUAAUGGAUCCAUUUCUCAAGAAUAAGAAUCUUACAUCAGUCCUCAAUCCUGCUUCAAGGGAUUUAGUACAAUAUGAAAUGGAAAGAGCCUAUCGGAUACUAAAUGAUUAUAAUGCUACCAUAAACAGCUUAAUGAAUCCUUCUGUUCGGUGA